UACGUCCUCCGGUUGAGAGACGUCUUGGUAGGUCCUGGUAGAAGUGUGCCCUCGGGAUCAGACCCGCCAAGUUGCAGAUUUUUGCGUGCGUGUUGGUGAUAGCAAAUUUUAAGCCAAGGUGUAUAUCUGGGAGAGUUGACAAAAGGGGCAGUGUCGGUAGGACACGGUAUCACGUUUGUGCGGACAGUAAAAGUGGCGCAGCCGUAUCGUCCGACCACUACAGCAGACGUACAUUGGACAUUGCAAGACGAACCCGACAUGAAGACUGACAGGAUACGGCAGUGUUCGGAUGAGGAUGAGGACCACGAGUACACGAAUCAGAUGACGAUGCGUAUCGGCGAGCUAAACAGUGCGCCCAAGCAGGCAGGUUUGCAGAAAAAUGGCACCAGCAAACGGCCCAAGCUGCCCAAGAACCGGUCGCAGCUGGGCAGUGACUUUGUGCCGCCCGAUGGUGGCUGGGGCUGGAUGGUAGUGCUGGCUGCCGGCUGUUCAAAUCUCUGUACCUUCCCGGUGUUGCAACAGUUCGGGCUACUGUUCCGCGACCGGAUGACGGAACUAUCCAUCAGUGCGUCCGAAGUGACAACCAUCAUCAACACACACUCCGCACUGACAUCGAUCGUGGGGCUCGCAAAUGGGCCCAUGUUCCGUCGGUUCACCUACCGGCAGGUGGCGUUUGCCGGCGCCCUGCUAGUAGGCAUUGCCGUCAGCCUGACCUCCCUGGCAGACAGCUUCCUCCUGUACAUGGUCACGUUCGCGGUGCUGUACGGGGCGGGCGUGGGCAUCAACACCUCCGCCAACUCGCUCGCGCUCAACACGUACUUCAAGCAGAAGCGACGCAUCGCCACCGGAUUCGCCUGGACACUGACCGGGCUCGGGCCGAUCGUGGCGCCGCACAUCGUCACACUGCUGCACCGCCACUUCACCAUCAACGGUACGGUGCUGCUCUUCGGCGGGUUUGCCAUGAACGCCGUCGCCUUCGCCCUGCUCUACCAGCCCGUCCAGUGGCACUCGAAAUCCUCCCGCCAAUCAAAGCCCGACCCGGAGGAUGGUGGAGUGCCGGCCACACCUGCCCCCAGCACGCGCUGCAGCUACUGCCAGUCGGCCCAGGACCCGGAGGCCGUCCCGUUCAACACGCUGCCGUUCGAGCGGACGCCACUCGACCAGCUCGCGUACGAUGCCGUCGUCGAUACCGGCACGCCGAUGCUGUCCCGCGCCAACGACGGUUGGUACUCGCGCAGCUCCCUCCGCUCCCUGUACAGCUCGCGGCACAGUCUGAACGCGUCCCGGUACCACUCCCAGCGUGCCUCCAUCAAUCUGGGCGACGCGAAAGCGUACAUCACCCUCCCGGCCAAGGAUACGAUCGACGAGUGCCACACGGAGGACUGCCCCAACGUGCAGGCGGAGCAUAAGCCGCUGCGACGACCCACCGAUCCAAUGCUACAGCCGCUCAGCAAAUCUCCGCCGGCAGGCAAACCCACCGGCCCAGUUCCGGAGGUCCCGCAGCCCACAAACGGCAGCACUGCCGCGCAGGGCGAGAAGGAUGUGCUGAAGCAGGCAUCGAAAAGACUCGCCCAGCUGGUGGAGGGCUCGAAGCCGACCGGGUGCACCUGCUCGGCCGCACUCGAGGCACUGCUGGCGGACUCGCCGGUGCCGGAGCCGCCGCUCACCCUCGCCCAGCGCAUCAUCAUCUUCUUCGAUCUCGACCUGCUGCGCGACCACAUCUACGUCAACAUCAUGAUCGGCAUCACGAUCGCCAACUUUGCCGAGCUGAACUUCUCCAUCCUGACGCCGUUCGUGCUGGCGGACUUUGGCUGCACGCGGGACCAGAUCGCGGUCGCCAUGUCCGUGCUCGGCAUGACCGACAUCUGCUGCCGGUGUCUGGUGCCGCUGAUCGCGGACCGCAUCAAGUGGCAGAACCGCACCUUCUUUCUUGUCGGUGUGAUCAACAUGGCGCUGGGGCGCGUGGUUUUAGCACACUUCCACAGCUACGGUGUGGUGUUGGCCAUCGCUUGCUGGAUCGGUUUCAACAAGGGACUGCGGACGGUGUUUAUGGCACUGGCCAUACCGUCGCACGUCCCGCUGGAUCGUCUGCCGGGAGCAACGGGGAUACAUCUGCUGUUUGCUGGGUUCUUUUACCUGUUUGUCGGUCCCAUUGUCGGCUAUGUGAGGGAUACAACUAACUACGCCACGACGCUACACUUCCUCAAUCUCGCCACCUACACGAUGGCCAUCUCCUGGGCACUGGAGAUGUACUACUUUACACCCCGCCAGCAGCGCAAGGAGAAGGUCAAAGAUGCGACCGGAAGGUGAGCUUCGCCAACUCAAUCAUACAAACGCAAGCGUUAGAGCAUGGUCGUUUCAUACUAAUACUUCCUAGACGGUACAAAAUAAAGCGGAGGAAAGAUAGUAUCACUUUGACGAGGUUA